AAAGCUAAGGAAAAAAAGAGAGAGACCCAAACAUCAUUCAAUUAAGGAAAAAAAAAAGAAAGAAACAGCACUUCCAUCUCCGUCGUUUAAAGCAAGUUUUUAAUUUUUUUUCUUUGCUUCGAUACGAUCAAAUCACCUGAGUGAGAAAAUAAUUUUUUUUUUGCUUUUUUAGAGAUUGAAAAUUAAGCUAAUUUAUUUGUUUUUUUUAGAUAGUGAUAGGAAAAAAAUAGAAUUAUGAUUUCGUAGCUACUUUUCCUCCUUUUCUUUCUUCUUCGCAUUUAGAUUAACCUAACCUAACCCUAGGUUUUUUUUUUGGUGUUCGUGUUAAUUUUGUAUUUGUUUGUGGUUUAAGGUAAAAGACGGAAUUCUAGGUUUUUUUCUCCCUUCUUUUAUUUUAUUUUUUUUAGAUUUUUUUUACUUGAUUGAUCAUCUGGAUGUUUAUGGGUUGUCGGUGCGGUUGAUUUGAAGUUUAGUGUCGCCGUAUAAUUUCCUCGCUUUUUUAACGUGAGGGGAUUUUUUUAAAUUAGGGUUUCGGAUUAUAGUUUAGGGUUGUGAAUUUCUUUUUUUUUUUUAAAAUUACUUAUUUGAAGUUGAUUGAUGGAACCUUGUGUUGGUAAUAAGUUUCGACUUGGUCGUAAGAUCGGCAGUGGCUCUUUUGGAGAGAUCUAUCUGGGUACGAACAUUCAGACCAACGAAGAGGUUGCCAUUAAGCUUGAAAAUGUGAAGACAAAGCAUCCUCAGUUGUUAUACGAAUCGAAGUUAUACAGGAUCCUGCAGGGAGGAACUGGGAUUCCAAAUUUGAGAUGGUUUGGAGUUGAAGGAGACUAUAAUGUCCUGGUUAUCGAUCUGCUUGGACCUAGUCUUGAAGAUCUAUUUAAUUUCUGCAGUCGGAAACUCUCAUUGAAGUCAGUUCUAAUGCUUGCAGAUCAAAUGAUCAACCGUGUUGAAUUUUUUCAUUCAAAAGCAUUCCUACAUCGAGAUAUUAAGCCAGAUAAUUUUCUUAUGGGCUUGGGAAGGCGUGCGAAUCAGGUAUACAUCAUCGACUAUGGUCUAGCUAAGAAAUAUAGAGACAGUUCAACCCAUCAGCACAUUCCAUACAGGGAAAAUAAGAACCUGACUGGAACUGCAAGAUAUGCAAGCAUGAAUACACACUUGGGCAUUGAGCAAAGCCGUAGGGAUGAUUUAGAGUCUCUUGGAUUUGUGCUUAUGUACUUCCUAAGGGGAAGUCUUCCUUGGCAAGGCCUGAAAGCUGGCACCAAAAAACAGAAAUACGAGAAAAUUAGUGAGAAGAAAGUUUCUACUUCAAUUGAGGCCUUAUGUCGAGGUUAUCCUACAGAGUUUGCCUCAUACUUCCAUUAUUGCCGUUCACUAAGGUUUGAUGAUAAGCCAGACUAUGCUUAUCUCAAAAGAAUCUUUCGUGACCUCUUUAUUCGUGAAGGCUUCCAGUUCGAUUAUGUCUUUGAUUGGACCAUUUUGAAGUAUCAGCAAUCACAGUUGACCAAUCCUCCCGCUCGAGCCCUUGGCCUCGGUGCUGGAACAAGUUCUCCCCUGCCACCUGCCAUUGCGAAUGCUGACAGACACACAGCUAUGGAGGACACACGAGCAGCUGGUUUGUCAUCCAUGGAUUCUUCUCGGCGGAGAGCAUCAGGACCCUUGAUGAGCUCUGGAAAUUAUGCGAAGCAGAAGAGUCCAGUUGCAAAUGAUCAUUUUAUUGGGCAGUCAGGUGGAUCAUCUUCAAGGCAAGUUGGUGUUUCUAGCAGUCGUGAUGCAUUUGCUGGUAGCGAUGUUGACCCACAACGUUCUCGUACAGCCUACGCUAGCCCCGGAGCACUGCAAAAGAAUUCAAGUCGACAGAGAAGUCCCAUUGAUUCUGCCGACCCUAAGCGUUCAAUGUCUGCAAGAAACACCAGUCAUGUCAAGAACUAUGAAGCGGCCCUCAAAGGAAUCGAGGGCCUGCAAUUUGAAAGCGACGAGAGAAUUCACUAUUAAACGCUUGGAUAUACAAAAUUUGUUGUAAAACCGUAAAAAUGGUUGAUGUACUAAUACAUUUUCCAACAGAGUAUUUGGGGAAGGUCCGAGUUAUCGAAGGAAUUUGCAACUUGGAGCUGUCCUUGAUUUGGACUAGUGGGGUGGGCAAGUGCACACCUGAAAAGCAUAAAAUUUGUGAUCCACUUGGAUGAUGGAAAGCUUUGUGAAGUAAACAAACAUUUUGAGUGCUUAAAAUUUGAAUGGUGUUGGGCUGUCAAAGUUUUUAACAGUGUUUGUGUUAUGGCAUUGGCAUGUCUUAUUUUUGUUGUUUUUAAUUAAAUGGUAUUGCUUUCCUGUUUUUAAAGAUAUAUAUGUUUUGUUGGUCA